AUGGCGGCCGAAGCGCCGGAUCCACGGACGUUUAAGAGCUGGGAAGAUGCUUUCCAGUACCCCAUCCCCGUGGUCCGGAAAUUGGAGCAGCAGUUGCGCUCCAAUGCCGACGAGAAUCGCGAGAAGCUCCGCUCGCUCGUAGGCACGAGCUACCGUAGCCUCCUCGAUACGGCCGAAACGAUAAUCGACAUGGAGGUCCGCAUGGAGCAGGUCGAGGGCAAGCUCUCAAGAGUUGGACACAGCUGCAAUUCGAGAACGCUGGAUCGUAUCACGAAUAGUGCGGUCGGACUGGACUCAUAUAUUCGACGACGCGACCAGGAGCGUUACACAUUCGCCUCGCAGCUUGCCGUCCUUCGGAGCUCUCCCGUUGUCAUGGCACGUCUAAUGAAAAACGAAGGAUCGUACCUUCUCAUUGCCAAGGUCCUUGUCAUAUCGCGACUUUUACACAAAGCAUUGUCACAGUCAGCCAACAAGCCAUCCAUUGUGGAUCAGCUUUGGGAACGCCUGCUGUCAGCACGUCGCAAGUUAUUAAAGCGGAUAGAGAAGCGUAUGGGCAGUGCAGAGGGCGAAAAUACAGAUCUGGUUGAGAGCAUGUGCGCCUAUGCUCUGAUUACGAGCUCGACGCCUACAGAUGUUUUGCAUCACUUCCACAAGAUUCGAUUGGAGAACAGUGUGAAGUUACUCCAUCACGGUGAUGAUGAGCUUGCCAACCAUGGCACUAGUGCGUUGAGGUUAUGCAUACAGACUUGUCUGGAUACGCAAACAAUAUUCCCUCGGCGGCUGGCAGAUUCACUUGCAAAGCUGAAGACGCAACCGUUGAUCCAAGACCCCGACGUCUGUGCUCUGCUUGAGCUCAAUUUGGAUAUCCAUGACCGUUGGAUAGGCGAAGAAGCGCGGAAUUACACCCCUUGGCCCCGCCAUGACGAGCUUCAGCGGGCUGACGCUGAGCGAAUACUACACCAAUGGUCGCGACAGGCCAUGUCCGCCUUUCUUAAGGGAACGAAGGAUGCACUGGAGAACGAGACUCGACUUAAAGAAGUUGCAACACUACGGCAGGAACUCAUCGAAACAUGGAUCCUGUCCGGAUCGCGCAUGGCAGGCGUCAAAUCUGCAAAUGUGUUGGACGAUUUGCGAGACACGAUGAACAGUCACUUGGAAAGCAUCGUUCGGCUUCGCUCACAGACUCUUCGAAAUGUUGUAGUUGAAUUGUCGACCGUGCUCGGCUCACCCUCUCUUAUGCAGUCGUCUAGCCUGUCUUUAUGGGGCGAAUACCCUAAAUCGGCGGACGUAUCGAACGGUGCACAAGCAUUCAAAUCUACACUUGUCAACAUCCAUCAAGGUCGCGACAACUCCGUAGUGAGGAUUGUCUCCGCAUUCGAUGCAUGGGCGGAGUCCAUUCUCGAAGUGAAGAGCAUCGUGAAGUCGAUGAAGGAAGCACGUUGGGACGACACGUUUGCCGACGACGUCGACGACUCAGAUGACGACGACCUAGGCGAUUCGAAACAGACGUUGUUGAGCGAUGAUGAUCCGCGACUGCUAGAAGAGGUCACGCAGGAAGCGCUUACCCACACGCUACAGAACCUAGGCAAGAGCUUCGGCCAAAUCAUCACACAAGUGACAGAAGAUGAUGGUGAAAUCGAUGUGCUGAAGAUAUGCUUCCUACUCAGGGUCAUAAGGGAGAUCGGGGAGCGUAUUCCCAAUCUUAAAUUGCACGAGAAGGCGUCGCUGCUGGCAACACCGUUCACGCCUGCGUUACUAAAGCCUUUACACCAGGCGCUGGCUUCGUUUGUUGCUCAGCCGACCGCAGAUGCAUAUGCGAAGGCACUCGCUGGCGGGCUGAAAUCUAGAACGAAGAGCCAUAUUCUCUGGGAAGGUAACCCUGCGUUACCGGCUCAACCCUCGCCCAGUGCAGUGAGGUUUUUGCAGAGCUUGACGAAAGCCAUGGCAGCAUAUGGGAACGAUUUAUGGGCGCCGCUCGCCGUGAAGGAGAUUAAGAUUAGUGCUCUCGAACAUGCUACACCACUUUUCAAAACCAAUCUCGAGUUGCUUCGGCAACUAGGCGUAGCUCCUGCCAACAAAGAGAAAAGUGAAAAGAUGAAUGGAGAGAAUCCAAAUUCGGUUGAGCAUAAAGAGGAUACUGAGACGAAGAACGAGGUAAACGACGAGACUGAGAUCGAUAUAGCCGCUGCCAGGGAGCUUCGGGAUCGCAAGCUCAAGCAAGCGCUCUUCGAUAUGCUAUACAUCCAGCGCUUUAUUGGAAGCCCGCACCGCUCUACCGACGCCAUCGAUGAUAUAGUCAGCACCAUUGCGAGUACUUCUAUAGACGAGAACAGCAAAGCCAGACUAAGGAAAAGUGCGGCUGAUUAUGCAAAGAAGACGUAUCUGCUCUUUGCGCUGUUGGCAUAG